GCUAGCUAUGGGCUCCCCCAACUGCUCGUGCAAGCAACACUUACCUAAUCCCUCUGGCUUUGUUUUCUCUGCCUAUUUCGUUCCAACUCAAACAAAAAGGUGCCUGUCGUCGAAAAUGAAACGGCAGGGGGAAGCUAAGUGGUGUACUGUUCUCGUCCUAGAUGUUUAUUCACAACCUUUUGUUCCUUUCUUUUGGAAAGUUUGUAGUCGUAGUUGUUUGUUCACAGCCUUUUGUUGCUUUGUUCCGAUGUUUUGUUGCUAUUGAGACCUUUGCAACUAUUAAACUAUGGGCCCUCUCGUAUUAUAUGGGCCGCGUAGCAAUUGGGCUCAGCCCAUACGUCUCCAACUAAAGCAGAGCCUCAAGCCCUUUCGGUCGGCCCGCACCAUCCCAUCCUCCAUCGCGAGAGACACCCCAUGGCGUCCUUCUGCCGCGCCGCCGCCGCCGCCGGGGCGAGGUCAGCGGCGCUCCGCUCGAGGUCCCCGACGGCGAGACCGUUCUUGGCGGCUACGUCUCCUGUCGCGCCGCCACGCUUCCACAGGCCCCUCGUGGCGGCGGCGGCGGCGCUGGCGAGUCUGGAGUCGCUCGUGCCGCUGCACAGCGCGGUGGCCGCCGCGCGGCUGCGGUCCUGCAUCGCCGCCGGCUCCGCGUCCUGGAGCUGCCUCUCCCAAGGUUUGACCAAGCGCAUCUGACCAUGGCUAGGGCCAAAAAAAAUGCUAAAGAGACUGGCUCAUGCACUAGUGCAUCACUAUUUCAUGUUUCAGUAUCUUUGUGUUGUUCUGUAAGGGUUAUCUGUCAGCGUUCAGAUCUGAUUCCGUUACUCGAUGGAGUAACCGAGAUGCGUUCCAGAUCCUUAAAAUUGUUGGUGAUUAUGCAUUGGCUAUCUUUGCUGCGAUCUUACCGUUAUAUCAUUUGAUCGUUUUACGUGGGGUGUUCUUAACCGUGCUAUCGCCUAUCGGUACCGAAUCCAUUGCCAAAUAAAUAUGGCAAACUGCAUUGCUGAAGAAGUGAUGCACACUAGAAUUUGGUGUGGUCCUUUUUACAACUUUCAAAGAAGGGGUAUACUCCGUUAUAGUCUAGCUUAUGUAUUCUUAUGUUGAGGCAUUUAUUUUUACAACUUCCAAGGAAGGGGUAUACUUCAUUAGCCUUUGCUCAUCAUCUUUGCCCACACCGUACCAAUGGGCCUAUAUUUUCAGAUAUCUGAAACUGAAGCAUCCUUUUGCCAGUUUUGUGAUUAUGAUGACCAAGGCCCCCUCUGAUCGAGCUUUCUUUUGUUUGCAAAAACAUUGCAAUAGAUUUUGCUCUACCUCGGUAAUGAAGGUUGAAGAAGGCGAUCAGUUCAGACGGGGCUGCCAAGUUCCCAUCCGUCUACACUUGACGCUCCCAGCCCCAAGCUCCAAAAGCUCUUGGCUGCCAGCAGUUCUAAGUGACGUUAGCGCUUUUGGUGUGUGUGAUGAUGGUUCUACGCGUGGUUCUUGCAGAUUUAAACAUUUGUUUCGUUCUUGGUGCUUAGCAAAUAUGCAUCGUCAGACUAACAAUCAGUUACAUAGCUAGUGUUGAUGCUUGUGUAACAAAGAUGAAUCUGUUGGAGCUGCUAGGGUGCCAAAGGUGGGGUCCCCUAUUCGGCAGAGCUCUGGCAGACGGUAAAUUCUAUGAAUCGAUUCGUUUAGGCUUUGUUCGGUUAUUUCAAUUCUAUGUGGAUUAGAGUGUAUUGCAAUAGAUUGGCAUGGAUUUUGACUUA